CAUUAGAGUAUGGCUCAACACGCCCCGAUCGGAGCGGGCGAGGGAGAAGAAGCACCCUCGGAUUGCCAUCCCGAGCGCCUUCCGUCUCCACGACGUACUCGGGAAAUUGAUGUUCACGUCUGUAUGGGGUUGGGGGGAAGGGACUGGAUCGAGAGGGCGGCGGGCGGCGAACGUGUGGCGGGUGCCUGUGAUUGGGAAGUAUGAUUCGGAGGGAGAAGUCGAGGCAGGAUUGCGAGAGUAGUGGCGUGAUGGUUGACGAGGUAUCAUUAAGGACGGCCACCUCGGAUUACUGGAAGAGUGCAUCAACCCGGACUCACUUUUGCGAGCGAGAUUUGGGUGCGGAGAUUAAUCACAAUCAUCAAGAUCCCGCGUUCAUAUUCAAGAGAUUUACAAGCUCCGUGUACACGGCCAACUGAAUAGGCGUCUCCAAAGUUUUCAUCGUCGGCGCUCUUAAAUUUGACGCUGCUUUUGGCCAUAGUCCGCAUCCAUGCCAUAGUCCAUCCAUGCAGCGCGAUCGACGGACUGUGGGCGAAGUUCGGUGACAGAUUCUUGCGAGGACGAGUGGGGGCGGUCGAUAUUGCACGCGUUGCCUCAUUCCGGGGAGCACUCUUCCUCUCCUUCACUUACUCACGACGGACACGAUGCAUCAAUUUCCAUCAUAAAUGUGGAUCAUUGCCGUGGGCUUGCUCUAGCACGAGCCUGUGCUAAAGUUGACCCCAACGUAAACUUGUCGAGAUUCACGUAUCAUUGGAACUCAUGAAUCUGCGGGCACAUAUAGGUUGGAAUAAAUCAUAACUGUCUCUUGCCCGGGACAUCCGAAGCGUAUUCUCGAAAUUUAUUAUAUGGAUCUCGGAACUCAGAUAGAUUUCAACGGUGAUUCAUCCAUGAGUGCAGAUUGAUUGCUUGACCACAUAAAUGUUCGAAUGUGUCAAGUUAUUGUUUGGCAAUCAAAUGUU